UCCAGCGUACGUGCGGGCCUGAAUCCUUUCCCGGUAGCAUUACUGCGGAGGGGCACCUUCACUGAGCUCCGCGGCGCACUGACAGGCGGGAACGGCCAGCUGCAGGAGACAUUUGCCUACAGGUUCAUCAUGUCGCUCCUGAUUGUCGGCAGGGUAGCACCUAGGCUUCUCAAGUCAAAGAAUGCUGCUUGUGUCUCUGUAGCUUCUAGAAACCUCACAUCAUCCACAAACCUAAAGGACAUCCUGGCCGAUCUCAUCCCCAAAGAACAGAGCCGGGUCAAGAAUUUCAAGCAGCAAUAUGGAAAAACCAAUAUUGGCCAGAUCACUGUGGACAUGGUCUACGGAGGGAUGAGAGGCAUGAAGGGCCUGGUGUAUGAGACAUCUGUCCUGGAUCCUGAUGAGGGAAUCCGUUUCCGUGGCUACAGCAUCCCAGAGUGCCAAAAGCUACUGCCCAAAGCUUCCGGAGGUCACGAACCACUACCUGAGGGCCUGUUUUGGCUGUUGAUCACUGGCCAAGUGCCUACAGAAGAACAGGUGAGCUGGCUGUCGACGGAGUGGGCUAAGAGAGCAGCGCUUCCAUCCCACGUGGCCACCAUGCUGGACAACUUCCCCACCAACCUGCACCCGAUGUCCCAGUUUAGCGCCGCCAUCACUGCUCUGAACAGUGAGAGCACCUUCGCCCGUGCCUACUCAGAGGGUGUCAGCAAGACCAAAUACUGGGAGUUUAUUUACGAGGACUCCAUGGACCUGAUCGCCAAGCUGCCGUGCGUCGCAGCAAAGAUCUACCGCAAUCUCUACCGCGAGGGCAGCGGCAUUGGCGCCAUCAACCCCAAUCUGGACUGGUCCCACAACUUCACCAACAUGCUGGGCUACAGCGACCCCCAGUUCACGGAGCUGAUGCGGUUGUACCUUACCAUUCACAGUGACCAUGAAGGUGGCAACGUCAGUGCCCAUACAUCUCAUCUCGUGGGCAGUGCUUUGUCUGACCCCUACCUCUCCUUCAGUGCAGCCAUGAAUGGAUUGGCUGGGCCUCUGCAUGGACUGGCCAAUCAGGAGGUGCUGGUGUGGCUGACGGCCCUGCAGAAGGAGUUGGGAGGGGAGGUGUCCGAUGAGAAGCUGAGGGACUACAUCUGGAACACGCUAAAGUCUGGGAGGGUGGUCCCAGGUUAUGGGCACGCGGUCCUGAGGAAGACGGACCCCCGGUACACCUGUCAGCGUGAGUUCGCCCUGAAGCACCUGCCGAACGACCCCAUGUUCAAGCUGGUGGCCCAGCUAUACAAGAUCGUGCCCAACGUGCUGCUGGAGCAGGGCAAGGCCAAGAACCCCUGGCCCAAUGUGGACGCCCAUAGCGGAGUCCUGCUACAGUACUAUGGCAUGACAGAGAUGAACUACUACACCGUGCUGUUCGGCGUGUCCCGGGCCCUGGGCGUCCUCGCCCAGCUGGUGUGGAGCAGAGCACUGGGCUUCCCGCUGGAGCGCCCCAAGUCCAUGAGCACCGAUGGGCUGAUGGCGGUGGUGGGGGCCACGUCUGGUUAGAGCUGUCAGGAAAGGAAAGGAAAGGAAAGAAUAUACUUGUACUUAAGAGGAGAGGCAGGGUGCUUUAAAAAGAGAACCUGUGUGUGUGUGUGUGUGUGUGUGUGUGUGUGUGUGUGUGUCCGUCCACAUUUCAGGAUAAUUCUACACUUACUAUAUCAGCGAUUUUAUUUAUUUUAUUUAUUUUUCCUCCUCCUUUUUACCCCCAUAGAGCACGGUCAGAUUGUGUAGCUCUCACGGUGUCUCUUUCAUAAGCUGAGGUCACCGCCGGCUUUCCAUCCAGAACUUCUGCAUGCUUUGAUUGGUGGGACUGACAUGAUGCGGGGAAACUGACGCGAUCUUGGAGUCCAGCUGACUUGGGAAACAUUUCUUGAAGGCCAGCUGAAAUGUUAUAUGUCGACUGAAGGCCAUGUUGCAUUCGUGUUCGGUCCCUGACUUUUAUUUUAUUUUUUUGCCUGUUUUAAAUGGCUAGAACUGUCUGUACUCAAUUGUCAUGCUGCAUUUGAGUUGCACUUAUCACAAAACUACCCAUUGUUAAGAUGCGGUUUUUCUGGAUAACCGAUAACAGAAUUGUAUCCGUUUUAUUCAUGGAAGAGAAUAUUUGGUUUAAAGCUCAUAUUUAGAUCUUAGUUACAGUCCUUUUUUAUAUCUUAUUUUUUAAGGAGGUGGUGGUGAAGGCAUGGCUGAAGAUCCUAAAUGUAACUCAAAGCCCAUGGGAAAUUACUUUUCACAAAUUUUGUUGACAAAAUAAUGAAGCUUUAUCAAAGUAAUACAUAAAUCUACAAUCACAAUUGGUAUUUUUUCUCGUUUUGUAAAUGGCUUACAAGUAUGUUACAGGUGAAAGUAUACAGGAUUCAAACUUGGGUUUAAUACUUAUAUUUAUUUAAGUGAUACUCCACUUAGUGUAAUGUCUUAUGCAGUUGUUCAGAGACAUUUUAUAGAAAGAGCGGGGUUUUAUUUUUAUAUGGUCAGAUUGUCUUUUGCAGUCUAAGGAUCGGGGUUUCGAAAAUGGGAAUAAAAAUAGUGAGUGAUUCUGACUUUGCUGCAGUAUUUAUGAAAGUGACUGGGAGAUGACAGCAUGUUCAGCUUUAAUGUACAUAACACUCCCUGGCAGUGCGGCUGUCUCUCCCCGGUCUCACCACUCUCAGCUUAAAGGUCCUUUUGGUUUCAGAAGAAGCACCUAAUACACUCCAUUCUUUCUUGCAUAGACUAAGCUUUACUAUGAUCUCAUUGAAGGUCUGCCUGAUGUUGCCACAACAGGCUAAGGUGCAUUGGGUGCUACUAUUCUGUGGAUUAUUUUAUGUUGCUGUGUGUCUUAUGUUGUCCACUGUCUGUCUAUGUUCUACCCUGUGAAAAGAACAAACCUGCAGGGUAUUCUGUAUUGGAACGUAAUGGAAGUAGUUUGGUAAAGAGUAGGACUGAAAGUCUAGCUUGACUAACUUUGAUGUUACAAAAAAAAACAGAGGAAGAGUGUUGGACAUGGAAUUGGGGUGGAAAUGGAAAAAAAAAACCUGGAAAUACAAAUAAAUGUUUUUUUAUUAUCA